AUGUCAUCGUACUGGUGGUUGAAGGAGCACAGUGAUGAUUCGUUAUUACGAGUAGCAGUCUUUGAAGGUUCAUCAUUAACUGACGGAAAUGUUUCAUCCAGCGUUGCUGAAAUAGAAUUACAAGCAAAACGUGCUAGUCGUGAACAUUCUGCUCAUUUACUUGUUUUUCCGGAAUUGUUUCUAUCAGGUUAUGGACUAAGUCGAGAAAUUACUUUAUCCGCUGCUCGUUAUAUUAUUCAAGAAAAAGUAAUUGCUCAUCUACAAGAUGUGGCAAAACAAUAUUCAAUUGCUCUUUUAAUAUGUUAUCCUGAAUUAGUUGACCAAAAGAUAUAUAAUUCGGCAACAUUAAUCAAUGAACAUGGCGAAAUUUUACUUACGUACCGAAAAACUCAUUUGUGGGCCAAUAAGGAACGUCAAAUUUUUGCUGAAGGAGAUCAAUUAUCACCUGUCGUUGAAAUACGAGGUGUACGAGUAGGUGUCAUGAUAUGUUAUGAUAUGGAAAUGCCUGAAGUAGCACGUUGUUUAGCUCUUCUUGGAGCUCAACUCUUACUCGUACCCACUGCUUUAGCUACAUCACCAGCAAAUCAAAGUAUUACUCGUUUUAUCGUAGCAACUCGAGCUUUGGAGAAUCAUGUUUGGCUUGCCUAUGCCAAUUUGUCUCCGCCUCAAUUUGUUGGUUUCUCUCGCAUAAUUGGACCAGAUGGUAACGAAUUGUGUCGAGUUGAAAAAGAUCCGCUCAUAGUAGCUGAUCUAAUUCCUAACAAUUAUCUACAUGCAAUACAAUCUACACCUUAUUUAGCUGAUCGUCGACCUUCUCUUUAUUCAACUAUUAAUAAUGCAAAAUAUCUCGUUAAAUUACCUAUCGAUUAUGAAUAUGCUGAUGACUAG